UCAUUCGUUUGGGCAUGCUCUGAUAAGAUUUACAUCAUCAUCAUAUAUGGUAAUUAAUUUGCGAGGAAGAGUUUGGAAUAGUCACCUGUUGAUUUGUAAUCGCUUGGGGCAUUAAUGGGGAUUGCAUCAAAUAUUCAAAAUUGUCGGUUAAUUACGAGGAGGUGAUUUAUGAUUUCGAGCUCUGGUGAAUCGUCAGUUUAUGGUAGAUCCAGCGGAACCGUAAUUUGGUGAAUCAAGAGGAAAGUUUUGUUGCAAUGGAGAAUGAUGAUAAAUUUGGAUUUGCUAUUGAUCGUGGGGGAACUUUUACUGAUGUUUUCGCGAGGUGUCCAGGGGGGAGGGUGAGAGUGAUAAAGCUUUUGUCGGUGGAUUCCGAUAAGUAUGAUGAUGCACCGCGUGAGGGAAUUCGACGAAUUUUAGAGCAGGAGACUGGCCAUCCUAUGCGCGACGUAGUCGACACCUCCCAAAUUAGUUGGAUCCGAAUGGGUACAACAGUCGCAACUAAUGCUCUCCUGGAGCGAAAGGGCGCGAAAAUGGCCCUACUCAUCAACGAAGGUUUCAAGGAUCUCCUCUACAUAGGGAAUCAGGCUCGUCCCAACAUCUUCGACUUGGAGAUAGUUAAACCCGGCGUUUUGUACUCCAAAGUCAUUGAAGUCAAGUGCAGAGUGGUGCCCGCACUUCCCGGAAAAUGUUCUUUGGAUCACGGACGAUGGAGAAAAGUGAAAGGCUCUACGGGUGAGGAUUUAUUUGUUAUUCAAGAACUUGAUGAGGAGGCUUUAAUAAGCGACCUCGAGCGCCUUAAGGAGGAUGGAAUUCAAAGUUUAGCAGUUAUUUUGGCUCACAGUUAUUCGUUUGGCGAGCAUGAACGUCGAGUGGGAGAAUUGGCGAAAAGUUUUGAUUUCCUCCAUGUUUCUCUGUCUCACGAAGUCAUGCCAAUGACCAGAAUCGUUCCGAGGGGAUUUACGACAUCAGCAGAUGCUUAUUUAACACCUCACAUACAGAAUUAUCUGCAUGUAUGUUCUGUAAUUAGAAAAGUUUUUAUUACAGCUCAAUGAGAGCAUUCUAAUGACAUUUUACGAUCUCUAAAUUUUUAUUCUGGGUAAACUGAGCGUACUCGAAAGAGUAGUCAAAUUAUUUCGCGUUUUCAAAUAUUCUUAUGUGGUUAAUUUCCUAGAAAGCGAUUGCUUGAAUAUUUUUCGACACCGUGGUACUGAAAAAUAAAUGGAACUUC